UGGAAAGCUUCACUAAACCUGUUUGAAAUUAUCACUUCAUUACUUCAGUCAGCGGUCCAACACCACUGUUUCUGCCGCGUUAAAUCAAACUUAUCUGCGUGCAAUUUUUCAAAAGUUACGGAACCUGGAGCAGCAGACAGUCGUGAAAAAGAAUCUCCUACAGGUGGUAAUUUUUAUUAUACCGGGAUCAUUUUAUAGGAAUCUUAGAAUUACAUAACUAAAUCGUUUGUAGUGUCAGCAUUUAAAUUGUGUGUGUCAAAAAUAAAAUUGCCGCCAGCAGUCAAAGGUCGAAUUCAUUACUGCUGUUGUUCAAUUGAUCCCCUAGAGGCGACCGUCGAUUGCAUUUCGAAACAAGCUGCUGAUUAAUUCAGCAGUACCUAACGUUACUUCGUAGCAUAGGCCUACCGUAUAGUUGUCUAUCAAUAUGUCAUCGUUACCUCUCGUCAACCUGGACGAACCCCGAUACGACCAGAGUACCUAUUUAAAUCGAGCUAAGCAUUUUCUAAUUGUAACUAAUCCACUCAAUGUGUUCGCUACUGAGGAACAACUGGACCGAGCUGCUAGGAUUGUCAAAGAUUACCGGGCUGGUAAACCUGUGCCGGAUGUAUCAUCGGUAGACGAAUUAUGGGCUGCCAAAUACCUGUACGACAGUGCUUUCCACCCUGAUACGGGUGAAAAAAUGCUUUUAGUCGGACGCAUGUCCGCGCAGGUUCCCAUGAACAUGACUAUUACCGGGUGUAUGAUGACCUUCUACAAAUCGACCCCCGCUGUUAUCUUCUGGCAGUGGUUCAAUCAGUCGUUUAAUGCGGUUGUCAACUACACUAACCGUUCCGGAAAAACUCCGAUCAGCCAGGAACAACUACUCACAUCAUACUGCAUGGCCACCGGUGGAGCGCUUGUGACCGCACUUUCCCUCAACCGCCUUGUACGGAAUGCACCGCCACUUGUUGGCCGGCUUGUGCCAUUAGCAGCUGUGGCUGCCGCGAAUUGUAUCAACAUUCCACUGAUGCGCAUGCAAGAAUUGAAGAACGGUGUGACACUGAUUGACGCCGAUGGCAAGGAACUUGGUGAAUCAGUACGUGCUGCGAAGGAAGGUAUCGCAGCUGUUACCUUUAGCCGCAUUCUAAUGGCCAUGCCGGGAAUGGUUUUCACGCCGGUUUUGAUGAACUCACUGGAGAAGCGCGGAUUCUUGAAACGCUUUGCUUGGGCUAAUGCUCCGAUUCAAACCUUGUUUUGUGGUUUCUGUCUGACCUUUGCAACGCCUUUGUGUUGCGCAUUAUUCAGUCAGAAAGCAUCGAUCAGCGUCGAUCGGCUAGAAAGCGAGGUACGCGAAAAGAUCCAAAAGGAACGCCCCGAAUUGAACGUGGUCUACUAUAAUAAGGGUCUUUAAAUUUGCUGGUCAAAUGUUGGCAGUCAUGCAAGGACAAUAAGCUUGUUAUAUGUUUUCUAAACACUACAAAAGAGUAGGUCAAUGUUUGAAAUGUGUAGUUCAGAGUACUGCCUAGCGCUACGUCGUGUGAACCAUGUUGUCAUCGGUUGCACGCAUGCCGAUCAAUGUUGUUAGUAUGUCCUGUGAGAAGAUACUACCUCUCAUUCCAAAUAGCUUGCGAAUGUGGAAAAAAUAUUCUGCUGUAGAAAGAUUAAGUAGGACAUGUGUUUCAAAAAUACGAUUAUGUUCCGAAAACUCAAAAAUAGAUAGCAUUUAAAUAUAAAUGUGAAAAAGUAGUAGAAAAGUGCAAUAAAAAAUUACA